AUGAAAAUUCUUUAUCAACCGAUCUAUACAGAAGCAACAUAUUCAAAAAAGCUUGAACAACUUAUUCAAGAAGAUCAAGUUGAAGUCGCUAAAAUGAAAAUUGAAGCUGAACAAAAAGAAAAAGAAAUUAUACUUGACUAUGGUACUCGUCUUACAAAUGAAACAUUACCACUUCGUCGAUGGCUCGCUAAAUUUCCUCGUAUUACAAUGAAAAACAUCACUCCAUACACAUCUAACGGUGAUAUCAAUAAUGCUAUCUUUACUCGACCUAUUAUUGGUGAUGAGUGUAAAACAAAAAUAGAUAUGAUAAGACGUGCUGUAUUAGACAAACCUGAAACUGGAUUACAUCGCCGACAACAAUUAGAAAAAUAUUUUUUGACUACACUUGGUUUUACUGCUAAAUGCAAAGUUAAUGGUUGUAAACGCCGAUGGAACUGUAGGAAAGUGCGUAAAGAAGCAGAAGCUGAUUUGUUACCCUAUCGAGAUUUUUCAGAACGUAUGGCAAAGUGUACUGCAGAUUUCGAAAAAAACUUUCCCAAGGACAAUAAUUUCAUUGAUGAUUAA